AUGGGUGGGGAGGAUGGGGGCCUCUGGGACCCUAGAGCUGUAUCUGAGGUCUUCACAGCAGGCAUCCCUGGCGAUGGCAGCACUGUGUGGGAGGAGAUGUGGUUCCAGGGCUUGGUUCAUGGGCCACCCGCAGGGAUCUACAAAGGGCACUGCUUCCGGAUCAAUCACUUCCCAGAGGACAAUGACUAUGACCACGACAGCUCGGAGUACCUCCUCCGCAUUGUGCGUGCCUCCAGUGUCUUCCUGCUGCUCGGCGGGCUCUGCAUCGGUGCCGGGAGGUUCUACAGCCGCAAGAACAACAUCGUCCUCAGCGCUGGCAUCCUGUUCGUGGCUGCAGGCCUCAGUAACAUCAUAGGCAUCAUCGUAUACAUUUCCAGCAACACGGGCGACCCGAGCGACAAGCGCGACGAGGACAAAAAGAACCACUACAACUACGGCUGGUCUUUCUACUUCGGGGCCCUGUCGUUCAUCGUGGCCGAGACCGUGGGCGUCCUGGCCGUGAACAUUUACAUCGAGAAGAAUAAGGAGCUGAGAUUUAAGACCAAACGGGAGUUCCUCAAGGCUCCCUCCUCGUCCCCCUACGCCAGGAUGCCCAGCUACAGGUACCGGCGACGGCGCUCCCGGUCCAGCUCCAGGUCCACGGAGGCCUCGCCCUCCAGGGACACGUCGCCGGUGGGCCUGAAGAUCGCCGGGGCCAUCCCCAUGGGCGAGCUGUCCAUGUACACGCUGUCCCGGGAGCCGCUCAAGGUGACCACGGCGGCCAGCUACAGCCCGGGCCGGGAGGCCGGCUUCCUGCAGGUGCACGAUUUCUUCCAGCAGGACCUGAAGGAGGGCCUGCACGUCAGCAUGCUGAACCGGCGGACCACCCCCGUGUGAGCGCCCCUGCCUGGCACCAGCCUCUCCCCAGAAUGGCUGCUUGGAUCCCACGUGAGGGCAUCGAACCCUUAAGACGGACCCGCCGUGGACUAAAGCCAAACCCACCCCUCCUGGUCUCCAGAUGCGUGGCGGGCUGGCGUGGAGCGAAGCGCCAGGACACUGGCAUCCGAAGGGAGAGGCUGACUUGAUCCCCCCAAAGAGGGUGUGUGGACGGAUGCCCUGGGGUCCGGAGUCUCCCGGGAGGCUUGAGUGCUGUCCUGAGACUGCCCGGCCUUCGCCCACCUGGGAAAACACAAUCGAGCCAUUCUCUCCUCUUGGAAACAAAUAUUUCCGUGAGAACGAGCUUUCGGGGCCUUCCCUCCCCGCCGGGGCGCUGGGCCACUGGGGGGCCACUGGCUGGGUACGUGGGGCCUAGGACGCUGGUCAGCUGCUUGUUAACCUGAGGUUCCUGGGCCUGGGAGCCGGAAAUGCGGAAGCCGAAGCUCGCCCCUUCCUUCCCUCCAUCCGUCUGUCUGUCUGUCUGUCUGUCUCUCUCUGACAGUGGCCUGUUGUUGACAUGGCUGUGAUCCCGAGGAGAAAGGCCUGCGGCCAAUGGUGCUUUGGCCUCUGUGCUGUCCUGGGGCCGGCGCCCCUCGACCGGAGGAGACCGAGGCCUGGAGGGGAGGGAACCCACAGAGGGGGCCUUCGCUGGCCUGGCGUGAGCUAAAGGCCAGAGUCUGUGGCUGGCUUUCCUGUCUGCUUCUGGAAGUUUCUGCCUCACACAGAAAGGGCAGAACACACUGACUGUGCUUUCGAGGCCGGAAGGUCCCGGGGUGACAGGGGUCACA